UGUGGUGAAAGUGCUCCACUUCUUGGAGCAGGCAGCGCUUUGGCUGUGACGUUGCGCUGGCUCCAAGCCUGGAAGCCCUUGGGCACAGGAAAGAAACAGCCUGACACUGCUCUGACAAAAAAGUCAGAUGCUUCACAAAGUUAAUCAUCAGCAAAAUACAAAUCAAUAAAGAAUGUAUUUGCUCUAGAGAAAUCUGUCUUUCAGUUCCUAUCCUGUAAGGAUUGAGGAAGGCCUACAUAUCAGACCUGGAGAAGAAAAAUCAUGGAGAGACCAAUCCCUGCUGGCCAGCUUAAAGAAAAAUCACUGUUCCAGGACGGCGAUGGCAGCGCAGUUCCUGCCAAGACUCUGUGCCAUAAUUGUUCAAAACUAAAGAUAUUUCUUGGAGCUCUAGCUUUUUCCUUUUUUGCCAAAGGAUUUUCUGGAAGCUACAUGAAGAGCAUGUCCAGUCAAAUCGAAAGGAGAUUUGAAAUCUCGUCAUCGAUUGUUGGCAUUAUUGAUGGCAGCUUUGAGAUAGGUAACUUAAUGGUGAUGGUGUUGGUGAGCUACCUUGGACCAAGAGUUCAUCGGCCAAAAAUAAUUGCUGUUGGGUGUCUCAUCAUGUCCGUAGGAGCUUUUUUGUCAGUGAUGCCUCAGUUCUUAAUGGGACGUUACAAUUAUGAAAGGAUAACUGUUAGCAUGGACAACUCCUCCACGAGUGUGUCAGCUUGCUCCCCAGCCAAGUCUGAGCCCCCUCCAGUCACAGAUGCUACAGAAACGCUCAGCACAGUGAUAAAUGCUGGAUGUGAGAAAACAACAAAUUCCUAUCUGUGGCUGUUUGUGUUGGUGGGGAACCUUCUGCGUGGGAUUGGGGAGGCACCAAUUAUGCCACUGGGAGUUUCUUAUAUUGAUGAUUUUUCUAAAGAAGAAAAUUCAGCAUUUUACAUAGGCCUGGUGAGAUCCUCGGGCAUGUUUGGGCCCACCCUGGGCUUCCUGCUUGGCUCCUUCUGUGCCAGUCUCUGGGUUGACAUCGGCAUCGUGGACAUCGAUGCCAUCAGCAUAAAUCCUAAGGACACCCGUUGGGUUGGUGCCUGGUGGCUUGGAUUGCUUAUCUGUGGAGCAGUCAACUUCAUUGCUUCCUUGCCUUUCUGGUUUUUGCCCUAUUCCUUACCAAAAGAAGGAGAGAACGAAAACUUGAAGAUUAGUCACUUGUCUGUUCAAGGAGAUCACUGUAAAAUAGGACCCCCAGCUCAGCCACAGUUAAAGUUCUCAGAGGCAGUAAAAGAUUUCUUGCCAGCACUCAGGAAGCUGUUUGGAAAUCCGAUUUUUGUGGUGUUCAUCUUCCUCACUAUUCUGCAGUACAAUUCCCUCGUUGGGAUAAUAACCUAUGAGGCAAAGUUUAUGGAGCAGCAAUUUAAUGUGUCAGUGGCAAAAGCCAUCUUUCUAAUUGGUGUGGUACUCUUACCCAUCACAAUCCUGGGGAUGUUUUUGGGAGGCUUCCUGAUCAAGAAAUUCAAGCUUCACAUAACUGAAAUGGCCAAGUUUGCAUGCAUCACCUUUAUAGUGGCAUAUUUGCUGAACCUCUUGUACUUCACGUGCAGCUGUGAGGUCCUCCAGGUGGCCGGUCUGACGGCGCCCUACUCUGGGAUGAAGCACCUUUCCUCCAGCAAGCACACCUACAUGGCCAGCUGCAAUGCUGAGUGCAGCUGCAAGGUGGACCAGUGGGACCCUGUCUGCGGGGAUAAUGGGAUCACAUACAUGACAGCCUGCUUUGCAGGGUGUAAAUCAUCAUCUGGCACAGGAAGGAAUAUGGUGUUUCACAAUUGCAGCUGUGUGGAAGAGCAAGGACUCGGGCUUGGCAAUUCCUCUGCAGUUUUGGGACAAUGCCAAAGAGAAAGCUGUACCAAAGCCUUUCCCUAUUUUUUAGCAUUACAGACUGCAUGUGCAUUUAUUUUAGCCUUAGGAGGCACUCCUACAUACAUGAUUAUGUUUAGAUCCGUUUCACCAGACCUGAAAUCCUUUGCUGUUGGGAUAGAAACUUUGGGUGGUAGAGUACUAGGAGGACUCCCAGCCCCUAUUUAUUUUGGUGCCUUGAUAGACAAGACCUGUUUGAAAUGGGGGACAAAAAGCUGUGGGGGAUCUGGAUCCUGCCGAGUGUACGACACAAAUGAAUUCAGGAAUGUCUAUCUUGGCCUCAUCGCAGGACUGCGGGCAGGAUGCUGUCUCUUGUACAUUGUGCUCUCCGCUUUAAUUAUGAAACGCUUCAAACCAGAUGGAAAAGAGAUGACAGAUAUUAAAAAUGCAGAAAGACCAAUCAGCAAAGAACUAGAUACUGGCAACAAAAGAGAAAUUCUUCCUGGUUCAAGAACCUCAGAGGAGAGUGAGGAAACUUAUAUGUAAAAAAGAAACAAGGUCUUUCGUAACUUUGCCUACUCUUCAGUUUUUCUGAGCACAAAAGGAGUCUAAUUACUGACUUCAACAACUAGUUUACAUUUGGGGAGUUCCAAAAAUAUCUUUGAACAUUGGCUUUUUAUUUGCUUUACCUUAUCUUCUUCCUUUUCUCAUCUGAAACAACAAUAAGGGGAAAAGGUGUUCAAAAUUUUGGGGAACUCUCCCAUCCUCCUGCUCUCAGUCCCUUUCUAGACCAACAGUAGGACAAGCCAAAAUUUUGCAAGUGCCAUAAAUGUGAUCAUGAUUGAAAAACUCAAGAAGAAGAAAUCCACAAUAAGCUGCUUUGACACUUUUCACUGAGUUUAUUUCAAGUCCUCUUGCUCUGUAUUUAGUCCUACAGCUCCACGUGGCAAAUCAAGUUGCACUUGGGCUUCUUUGAUGGCCUUUGCUGUGUGGGGUUCAUGACCAGAGCUCGUCGUUCCAGACUUGGUCCCAUGGCCAGGUGAGACCCUGGGGGCUCUCAGUGAGCACCCUUGGAACUCAAACUGCCCUACAGCUCCGGGGUUUGGCUUGGAAGUGCUAAACAGUCAAAGCGGAAAGCAAAUGAAGAAAGCGGUGUGUUAAUUUUUGCAGCACAUCUCA